CGCAGUAGCUUGUAGUUAUUAGCUAACGAGCUAGCAGCGAAGCAGUCAACAUUUGACAGAAAAGGCGAUUAAAAGAAGAAAAAUGACUUUGUCGCCAGCAGUCACUCAAUUAUGUGACAAUUCUAAGGACGUCUUCCUGGAUGUGUGCAAGUUGUUACUUACAUACGCCGACAAUAUCUUAAGGAAGGAGGGAGCAUACGUGCUUCCACACACCUGGCACGCUGUCCUUCAUUGUGCGGAGAACAGCUGCUCUAUGGCCAGGUCGGGGAACUUCAUUUAGCAGAAAAGCAGCCAAACACCAGUUGUUGCCAGUCCAGGAGGUCCUAACGCCGUUCGAAGCAGCAACUUUGUCCUGGUUGGAUCUCACAAGCUCACACUUCCGUCCAUUGGGAAGAGCAAGUUUCCCUUAGAGAAGAAACUGGCUGAGUGCAGACACCAAUGCUGAGAGGAAUUCAUGGACGCACAUCAAUCAGGUUCUAGCAGAUCUGCGCAUGUGGCGACCAGAUGCUUGUUAUGCUGGCGUGUGACAUUACUGUAUAUAAUACCAAGGUGGACAUGUGUGGAAUCUGGGCGGUGUUUGGCAGCGAGAGCUGCAUGUCUCUGCACUGCAGCAACGCCAUGAAGAUUGCUCACCGAGGACCUGACGGCUUCCGCUUUGAGAGCGUGGAGGGGAUGACCAACUGCUGCUUCGGCUUCCACCGCCUGGUCAUCCAGGAGAAGCUGCACGGCAUGCAGCCUCUACAUGGCAUGCAGCCCCUACGUGUCGACAAGUUCCCCUUCCUGUGGCUCUGCUACAACGGAGAGAUUUACAACCAUCGCUUGCUGAGCAAACAUUUUGACUUUGAGUGCCAGACUGAAAUAGACGGAGAGAUCCUGCUUCAUCUUUACGAUCGCUUCGGUAUCGAGAAGGCGGCGACUCUGCUGGAUGGAACCUUUGCCUUCGUGCUCCUGGACACGGCCAACAGGAAGGUGUUCCUGGGCAGAGACACCUACGGAGUGCGGCCCCUCUUCCGACUGCUCACCCACCAUGGGCUGCUGGCCGUCAGCUCCGAAGCUAAAGGUCUGGCAGACAUGACUCCUGCUGCUAAGAUCAUUCCUUUCCUGCCGGGACACGUGGAGGUGUUUGACUUGAAGGCCAGCGGCAAAGUGGAGUCUCUUCAGAUGAAAGCAUUUCACGAGUGCACCAAGGAGCCCUACCAUGUUCUCUGUGACGCUGUGGGUCGUCUGCCAACAAGUCUGGAUGAAGAAAGUGUCAAGGACAACAUCAGAACCUUGUUUGAAAAUGCGGUGAGGAAACGUCUGAUGGCCAAAAGGAGGAUCGGCUGUCUUCUCUCAGGAGGUCUGGAUUCCAGUCUGGUUGCCGCAACUCUGGUGAAGCUGGCCAAAGAAGAAGGUCUGCAAUAUCCCGUCCAAACAUUUGCCAUCGGAUCAGAGGACAGCCCAGACAUCUUAGCUGCCCGGAAGGUGGCCGCUCACAUCGGCAGUGAGCACCAUGAAGUCAACUUCAGUGCAGAAGAAGGCAUCAGAGCAGUGGAGGAAGUCAUCGUCAGCCUCGAGACCUACGACAUCACCACCAUACGCGCCUCCGUCGGCAUGUAUUUGAUUAGCAAGUACAUCAGAGAGCAGACGGACAGUGUUGUCAUCUUCUCAGGAGAAGGUUCAGAUGAACUCACUCAAGGUUACAUGUACUUUCACAAGGCUCCAAGUGCGGAGGCAGGAUCAGAAGAAAGUGUUAGACUGCUGAAAGAACUUUACUUGUUUGAUAACCUGAGAGCUGAUCGCACCACUGCUGCACACGGGUUGGAGCUCAGAGUGCCUUUCCUGGACCACAGACUGAGUGCUUACUUCCUGUCACUGCCACCUGAGAUGAGGACUCCAAGGCACGGAGUGGAGAAGUUCCUUCUGAGGGACGCCUUCAAAGGUCAAAAUCUGAUCCCUGAUGAGAUUCUGUGGCGACGUAAAGAAGCCUUCAGUGAUGGAGUCAUGUCGGAGAAGAAGUCCUGGUACAUCUUCCUGGAGGAGCACCUCGACUCUGUGGUGAGCGACGUGCAGCUGGCCAAGGCAAAGGAGAUUUGCACCCACAACCGUCCUCACACCAAAGAAGCGUGCUUUUACCGACACGUGUUUGACACUCGCUUUCCUGGACGUGCUGAUUGGCUGCCUCACUUCUGGAUGCCUCGCUGGAUUAAAGCUAACGACCCCUCAGCUCGCACACUCGCCAUCUACAAGCUCAACUGUAACCACUGAGCAAGUACUACUUACUAGUACUACUUACUAGUACUAUUUACUAGUACUACUUACUAGUACUACUAAUGCUAGAACAUCAAUAUGCUACAUGAUAGAACGUCAAUAUGAUUGAUCAGUGAUUCUCAAACUGUGGUAUGCUGGUUCCAAAUAAUCACUUUAUGAAAGUACAGUGUUUUAUUUUUCUAGGUUCCAGUGGUUCUCAAACUUUUUUUC